AUGAUUUUCCAUGUCGCCCGCGUCCUGAAGGAGGAGACUCACAACGGCUACAAAGAGACACACAACGGCUACAAGGAGACUCACAGCGACUACAAAGAGACACACAACGGCUACAAGGAGACUCACAGCGACUACAAAGAGACUCACAAUGACUACAAAGAGACUCACAACGGCUACAAGGAGACUCACGGCGACUACAAAGAGACUCACAAUGACUACAAAGAGACUCACAACGGCUACAAGGAGAAUCACAGCGACUACAAAGAGACACACAACGGCUACAAGGAGACUCACACCGACUACAAAGAGACACACAACUGCUACAAGGAGACUCACACCGACUACAAAGAGACACACAACGGCUACAAGGAGACUCACAUGUCCGCAGCUCAGAUUGAAAUCAUUCCCUGUAAGAUCUGUGGAGAUAAAUCAUCAGGGAUCCAUUACGGGGUGAUCACCUGCGAGGGCUGUAAGGGCUUCUUCAGGCGCAGCCAGCAGAGCAACGCCGCCUACUCGUGUCCGCGGCAGAAAAACUGUCUGAUCGACCGAACGAGUCGCAACCGCUGCCAACACUGCCGUCUGCAGAAAUGUCUGUCUGUGGGCAUGUCCCGAGAAGCCGUAAAGUUCGGUCGCAUGUCCAAGAAGCAACGAGACAGUCUGUAUGCUGAGGUGCAGAAGCACCGCCUCCAGCAGCAGCAGGGGGCCGUCCUCCUGUCCCACCCCGGCCUCGGCAGCCCGUCCCCGGGCGAGGGCGAGCCGCUGUCGCCCCCCUACGACGAGCUGGGGGGCGACAUGGAGCAGAACUCUCCUGAAGGAGGAUCAGUGUCCUCCAAGGCAGACUCAGGAGGAGGAGAAGGAGGAGCAGGAGGUCGUGGGUUCUACCUGGACAUUCAGCCGGCCCCGGAUCAGUCUGGACUCGAUAUUAACGACAUCAAACCGGAGCCGCUGUGUGACUACGGCUCCAAUAACGACUUCUUCCCGUACGGCUCCUUCAGCGAUGGAGACCCGUUACCCACCGUGUCCAUGGAGGACCUCGAUCACCUGGCUCAGGGCGUGUCCAAGUCCCACCUGGAGACGUGCCAGUACCUGGGGGCGGAGCUUCAGCAGACGAGCUGGCAGAACUUCCUGCAGGACGAGGUGAAGAGCUACCAGAGCAAGCCGGCCGAGGUGAUGUGGCAGCUGUGCGCCGUGAAGAUCACCGAGGCCAUCCAGUACGUGGUGGAGUUCGCCAAGCGCAUCGACGGCUUCAUGGACCUCUGUCAGAACGACCAGAUCGUGCUGCUGAAGGCCGGCUCUCUGGAGGUCGUCUUGGUCCGGAUGUGUCGGCUGUUCGACUCCCAGAAGAACACCGUCUACUUCGACGGGAAGUUUGCAGGUCCAGACGUCUUCAGAGCUCUGGGCUGUGACGACCUGGUCUCCGCGGUCUUCGACUUCUCCAGAGGGAUGUGCUCCCUGCGCCUGACGGAGGACGAGCUCGCCUUGUUCUCAGCCUCCGUCCUCCUGUCUGCAGACCGGUCGUGGCUGCAGGAGAAGCUGCAGGUGGAGAAGCUGCAGCAGAAGACUCAACUAGCUCUUCAACACGUCCUGCAGAAGAACCAGAGAGAAGAAGGAGCUCUGAACAAGCUCAGGUGUAAGGUGUCAGCGUUGCGGUCUCUGGUCAUCCGUCACUCAGAGAAGCUUUCUGCCUUCAGAGCGCUGCACCCCGACACGGUGAGGACGCUCUUCCCCCCUCUCUACAAGGAGCUGUUCGGGGCCGACCUGUAG